AGCCGCGUCGGUGGACAGUCUGAAACGUUCACUUCCUGAGGAAUACUCGAUACGCUAAGAAAGCGUGACUAAAUAUCGUGGGGGUAGUUCAAAUUUGAGGAUAUUUUAGAUACGCCCCCGUUUGGUCAGCAGGAUCGUUAGACAAUAAUAUAAUUUUUGACCGCAGUAAAAUUUCUUAUCGUCGCCCACGUUUCACACCUCUCAACGGGCGCCAAGACGCGAGAUCGACUACUCAGCCAGGAUUUCUGAACCAUUCCCAAGAGACAUCCAUGAUGAAGGUACCCACAAGCCUCGUCAAUACUAUGGCCCCAGGCCUGAAAUCGACUAAGCUGGUUGAAGCGGACACAAAAGUGAGGAAGACUCUGACCUUCACACUGCCGUCCCCCACAUCAGACUUGGACUGUGUGGUGCCAACUGGCGCAGAGUACCUGCAGGACGACCAAGACAUUUCUAUCGACUUGCACCCAGCCAUUCCACCAGUGACGCCUGGCACCAACGCUCUCAUGACGGAGUGCCUCAAACAGAGCUACAGCAGCUUCAAGGAGGAGCGACAGAAAUUUGGGAUCCUCAAAGAUCCUCGCCAGUGGUCUGACACACAGGUCCUGCAGUGGGUCUCCUGGGCGUCCAGGGAGUUCUCUCUGCACGGAAUCCGACCCUCCAACUUCACAGUGACAGGCCGAGAGCUGUGCUCCAUGGACAAGGACAGGUUCCUCAGCCUGGCCCCUCCGUUUGUUGGGGACAUCCUGUGGGAGCACCUGGACAUGCUGCAGAAAGAAGUGGAUGAAGACAAACAACAGGAGUUUGUCAGCAAGACCACAAACAUUCCUUUGGAAAGUGUGCCAGCCAAUUUCUACGAAUCCGUCUGCAUGCCUGACUUCAACGACUUCCUGGCCAGAGGAGCGUUGCCGGGGCAGGCCUACUGUGGAGGCGUCCCCAUGUUGGAUUCACAGCUCAUGGAGGGCACCAGCUACCAGAUCUCAGAAUCUCUGCAGACCUUGAACGACAUCAACGCAGAAGACCUGCUACCAACGCACAAGAUCAAGACCGAAGACUCCGACUACUACAGCUGGGCAUCAAGCACCCCCUCCCCAUGCUCAUCAUACCAGACGGAGGAAUCCUACGACAGCCUUGUCCCUGAGUACUACCCCACAUUCCAGCGAAACACCAAGCCCAUGCAGUCCGGAGGACAGGCGUACGAGAGGCCAAACAGAGGAAAGUUCGGAGGGAUGAACAACACAUACCAGGGAGAGUACAACAACAGUAGUUCUCCCUAUGGCAGCUACAGCCAGUCGAGCAGUGGUCUGCAGCGGGUCCCCUCCUUCUCCUCCCUCAACAGUAGCCACGGCAACGGGGAUUUCAGCGACUUCUCAUUCAACACCCAGGAGUCCAGACCGCAGACAGCCGAACCCGGCAACCCUGUCAUCCAAGCCGCUGUGUUGGCCGGAUAUUCUGGCAGUGGCCCCAUUCAGCUCUGGCAGUUCCUGCUCGAGUUGUUGACAGACAAGUCCUGCCAGCACUUCAUCACCUGGACGGGCAACGGCUGGGAGUUCAAGCUCAUCGACCCUGACGAGGUCGCCCGCCGGUGGGGCAUCCGUAAGAACAAGCCAAAGAUGAACUACGAGAAGCUCAGCCGUGGUCUUCGCUACUACUACGACAAGAACAUCAUCCACAAGACGUCUGGGAAGCGGUACGUGUACCGGUUCGUGUGCGACCUACAGAACCUGCUGGGGUACACACCCGAGGAGAUCCACGCCAUGGUAGACCUCAAACCCGUCCCCAGCGACGACGAGGACGACGAGAAGUGAGCCGAACUUUUAAUCUGGCUAAAGCAAUGAUGACUUGAUCAGGUCUGGCUGUGUGACACACGGUCUUGCAUUUCUUGUCCGUCCAUCAUUCGUGUUGGCGGGCUAAUUUCUCUGGCUCACUUGGCGUCGGUUCUGUACUGACAUGUAAAGGGCCAUGUUCUUGGCCUAAGUGCAAUACGACAUUCGCAUGUGUGCAGUUUAUGGUCCACUGUUGGGACCUACCAAGUGUUCUUUCGGGCUGGUCCCCUUGUAUAACCUAACAAUAUCCAGGGUUUGUACCAACCAGCCCAGGGAAAUAGAGUCGUAUUGUUGGGUACCACCCAAGCUAAGAAGAGGGAUGUAAAAACACUCCGUUGGCAUUUGAUCAACAAUUGUGUAUUUAACCUCACUUAUUCACUGCCAAACAGUUCUGUGUACCUUCUGAGUGAGAACCUAUCCACUCACAUCCAUUCCCGCUAAGAUCUGUAUCCAUACUGCAGUGAAAUGACUCUAGAAACUGUGUCUUGUUAUCGAUGUUUGUGAAUAUAAAUGUCAAACUUUGUAUAUUUUUUAUAUGGGAUUGACCUAAGAGUAAGAUAAAGUUUUAAAAGAACAGAAGAAGUGAUGCAGGCGUCAGGCUAGUUCUCCAAAGCAAUAUGUAUGUAUUUUGGAUGUUCUUGUUUGUUGCAGAGGGUUGAACUAGAUGGCAGGACCUGAAUUUUAACAUGUUGCGAGGACAAUGAUAUUGAUCGUCCAGAAACGUUUUAACGCCAAAUGGUGUAUUACUUAGUGUACAGGUCCUUAUGUGAAGACAUGUAAAUAUGUUGUCAUUGUUCAGUUGUAAACUUAUUUGUGAAAAAUAAUCAAAACCUGGCUAUGUGUUAGUCGUAAGACCACUGAAUCUAUGAAAAAGAGAGUUACCAUUCACAGUAUUGUGAUUCACAAUGGACAGAGACAAUGAAUCUCUUGGAGGACUUUAUAUUGAAAGUAAAAGGUAUUUGUAUACUUUUGUACGAUACAUGAGACGUUCUCUAAAUAUAUCUAUCUAUAUAUAUGUAUACCAAGUGCCACUUAGUGAAGUGUUGAACUUUGUACUUUUUAUACGUUUGUUGGAAUAAAUUAUACAUCAUCGUGAAACA